CUCAUGUCUCACGACAUGCCCACCUGAAGGAAACUUCUCGGGACAGACUAUUUGCUAAAGUGGGUCUGUUUGCAGAGAACCACAGCUUUGGAGUGUGCAGAACUUAUAGGCCUUCUGUUACCAAGUCUGAGCCUUGUUGCCUUAGAGGGAAGGCUCUUCCCCUCUGUCUUUAUUUGGAAGCACAGUGAUGGCCUAGUUAUUAUAUGUGUUUGUCUUCCACACUUUUCUUUCCCGUGGGCUGAGUGCUGGUGACGAGAGCCCUGGCUGGAAGCCCUGGGGGAGGUCGACGGCUCUCCGGCCUGUGAGGGCGUCGCUGCGUGGGCAGGAAGAGCUGUGAGUGGAACUGGAUGGCCGGGUCUGAGCCCACACAGAGGACACAGCAGAUGUCCGUGCGAGAUUCAGGUUUCUGCUCCCGGAGGACUCCGGGUGAGGCUGCUCCAGCCCUCCUGUGUCUAAGCUGAUGCAACCUAGGAUGCUCCAGAGUCUGGACCCACUCAGGCAGCUCAUUGAGGAACAUCUCAGGUGUACUUGCUUUUGUUCACACCGUCUUUGUGAUGCCAGAUACGCAUUCCCCUCACCACCCGCCUCCCUGGUUGCUGGUUUUUUGGUUGAGCGUUUCCUUUCUUGUUGGAAUGGCAGGACCAUGGGCCACCACCCAAGCUCCACAUCCGCUUGGGGCUGCCAUUGCAACUCCCCCCAGCAAGAGCAAGGCAGGUGAGGAGAGGCCCGGGGGCCUGCAGACCCAAGAGCACCAUGGCGUUCACUAUGGCCUCCUUCCUCCUCCGCUGUCCCAACGCAGAGCAGCCAGAGGGCAUUGGGUCAUGACUUUGGGGAUCCAGGUUCUGAUCCCAGACCUGCGAUCAAUUGGCAGUUUCCUUGUUUGUAAAAUGGGGCUAAUUAUUGCCCACCAUACCUGCCUUAGUGAUGUGUGGCGAACAUCACAGGACAACUUGAGUGUGAAAGCAAGGAACGAGUAGUAACCGACCUUGCCCUCUGUCAGAAAGGAGUCUCAGAAUGGGAGUGGUUACUCAUAGCACUUCCCAGGACUGGGAUGGUGGAGGAAGAAGGGGGAUGCCAGCCCUUGGCUCUCCUCCCAGGCUUGUGAGCCAAGUGCAGAUUACUAAGUGUGCACGUGUUCGUUGUAGGAGUGAAUCUGCCUUUGAGAAAGCCAAUGUCGACGUCUUCCGGGUGAGAACCAACAACGUGGGCCUCAUCUACAAAAUCAGGAUCGAGCAUGACAACACCGGCCUGAAUGCCAGCUGGUACCUGGAUCGUGUGACUGUGACCGACAUGAAGCGGCCUCACCUCCGCUACUACUUCAACUGCAACAACUGGCUGAGCAAGGUGGAAGGUGACCGCCAGUGGUGCCGUGACCUGCUAGCCAGCUUCAACCCCAUGGACAUGCCCCGAGGUAACAAGUACGAAGUCAAGGUAUACACUGGUGAUGUCAUUGGUGCAGGGACCGAUGCUGAUGUCGUCAUCAAUAUCUUCGGAGAGUAUGGAGACACGGGGGAGCGUAGGCUGGAAAAUGAAAAGGACAACUUUGAAAGGGGAGCUGAAGACAAGUUCACACUGGAUGCUCCCGAUCUGGGGCAGCUGAUGAAGAUCAAUAUUGGCCACAACAACAAGGGCGGGUCUGCAGGUUGGUUCCUGUCCAAGAUUGUCAUUGAAGAUAUUGGGAACAAGAGAAAAUAUGACUUCCCUCUUAACCGCUGGCUGGCCUUGGAUGAAGAUGACGGCAAAAUCCAAAGGGAUAUCUUAGUGGGCGGAGCUGAGACCACAGCUAUUUCAUAUAUUGUCACCGUCUUCACUGGGGAUGUCCGGGGUGCCGGGACCAAAUCCAAAAUCUACUUGGUUAUGUAUGGGGCCAGAGGGAAUAAGAACAGUGGGAAAAUCUUCUUGGAAGGCGGUGUGUUUGACCGUGGCCGCACAGACAUCUUCCACAUCGAGUUGGCUGUCCUCCUUAGCCCCCUGAGUCGGGUCUCCAUCGGACACGGCAACGUAGGCGUCAACAGAGGCUGGUACUGUGAGAAGGUGGUGAUUCUGUGCCCCUUCACCGGCAUCCAGCAGACCUUCCCUUGCGGCAACUGGCUGGACGAGAAGAAGGUGGACGGGCUGAUCGAGAGGCAGCUCUAUGAGAUGGUGUCUCUCAGGAAGAAGAAGCUAAAAAAGUUCCCCUGGUCCUUGUGGGUCUGGACGACCGACUUGAAGAAAGCUGGUACCAACUCUCCAAUCUUCAUCCAGAUUUAUGGGCAGAAGGGGCGGACAGAUGAGAUUCUCCUGAAUCCCAACAACAAGUGGUUCAAACCAGGCAUAAUCGAGAAAUUUAGGAUUGAGCUCCCGGAUCUUGGCAGGUUUUACAAGAUUCGGGCAUGGCAUGACAGAAGGAGCCCUGGUUCUGGCUGGCAUUUAGAGAGGAUGACCCUGAUGAAUACCCUGACCAAGGACAAGUAUAACUUCAACUGCAAUCGCUGGCUGGAUGCCAACGAGGAUGACAAUGAGAUCGUGAGGGAAAUGACCGCAGAGGGCCCAACGGUGCGGAGGAUAAUGGCCAUGGCCCGGUACCGAGUGACCGUGUGCACCGGAGAACUCGAAGGCGCAGGAACCGAUGCCAAUGUCUACCUGUGCCUUUUUGGCGACGUGGGGGACACCGGGGAGCGGCUGCUCUACAACUGCAGGAACAACACCGACCUGUUUGAGAAGGGCAAUGCUGACGAGUUCACCAUUGAGUCGGUCACCAUGCGGAAAGUGAGGCGGGUGAGGAUCAGGCACGAUGGCAAAGGUGGGGGCAGCGGCUGGUUCCUGGAGCGCGUGCUCGUGAGAGAAGAAGGGCAGCCCGAGAGCGACAACGUAGAGUUCCCGUGUCUCAGGUGGCUGGACAAGGAUAAGGAUGAUGGUCAGUUGGUCCGAGAGUUGCUGCCCAGUGAUAGCAAUGCGACACUGAAGAACUUCCGCUACCACAUCAGCCUGAAGACCGGGGACAUCUCUGGGGCCAGCACAGAUUCCAAGGUCUACAUCAAGCUCUAUGGGGAUAAAUCUGACACCAUCAAGCAAAUUCUUCUCGUCUCUGACAACAAUCUGCAGGACUAUUUUGAACGUGGCCGGGUGGAUGAGUUCACGCUGGAGACCCUGAACAUUGGAACUAUCAGUCGGCUGGUGAUUGGGCAUGACAGCACAGGCAUGCAUGCCAGCUGGUUCCUCGGCAGUGUCCAGAUCCGCGUGCCCCGCCAAGGCAAGCAGUACACCUUCCCUGCCAACCGUUGGCUGGACAAGAACCAAGCUGAUGGGCGCCUGGAGGUGGAGCUCUAUCCCAGUGAGGUCGUGGAGAUCCAGAAAUUGGUCCAUUAUGAGGUUGAGGUUUGGACGGGGGAUGUGGGCGGUGCAGGCACCACUGCCCGAGUCUACGUGCAGAUCUAUGGUGAGGAUGGCAAGACAGAAGUGCUCUUCCUGUCCAGCCGCUCGAAAGUUUUUGAGCGGGCAUCCAAGGACACGUUCCAGCUGGAGGCGGCGGACGUGGGUGAGGUCUUCAAGAUCCGGCUGGGGCACACGGGCGAAGGCUUCGGACCCAGCUGGUUCGUGGACACGCUGUGGCUGCGGCACCUGGUGGUGCGGGAGGUGGAGCUCACGCCUGAGGAGGAGGCCCGGAAGAAGAAGGAGAAGGACAGGCUGCGGCAGCUGCUCAAGAAGGAGCGGCUGAAGGCCAAGCUGCAGAGGAAAAAGAAGAAGAAAAAGAAGGGUAGCGAUGAGGAGGAGGAGGACGAGGGGGACGAGGAGGAGGAGUCCUCAUCGGAGGAGUCCUCGUCUGAGGAGGAGGAGGAGGAGGAGGAGGAGACCGAGGAGGAGGAGGAAGAGGAGGAGUUUGGGCCGGGGAUGCAGGAGGUGAUUGAGGAGUACAAGUUCGAAGCCCACCGCUGGCUGGCCCGUGGCAAGGAGGACAAUGAACUUGUCGUGGAGCUGGUGCCGGCAGGCCGGCCGGGUCCUGAGCCCAACACCUAUGAGGUCCAGGUAAUCACGGGGAAUGUGCCCAAGGCCGGCACCGAUGCCAAUGUCUACCUGACCAUCUACGGGGAGGAGUACGGGGACACAGGCGAGCGGCCCCUGAAGAAGUCGGACAAGUCCAACAAGUUUGAGCAGGGCCAGACAGAUAACUUCACCAUCUAUGCUAUUGACUUGGGGGCUCUGACCAAGAUUCGGAUUCGCCAUGACAACUCGGGCAACAGACCGGGCUGGUUCCUGGACAGAAUAGACAUCACCGACAUGAACAAUGAAGUCACGUACUACUUUCCAUGCCAGCGCUGGCUGGCAGUGGAGGAGGAUGAUGGCCAGCUGUCCCGGGAGCUGUUGCCAGUGGAUGAGUCCUAUGUGCUGCCCCCGAGCGAGGAUGAGGGGGCCGGGGGAGGUGGUGACAACAACCCCCUUGACAACCUGGCCCUGGAGCAGAAAGACAAAUCUACCACAUUCUCAGUGACCGUAAAGACUGGGGACAAGAAGAACGCAGGCACAGAUGCCAACGUCUUCAUCACGCUCUUUGGCACGCAAGACAACACUGGAAUGACCCUCCUGAAAUCCUCCAAGACCAACAGCGACAAGUUUGAGAGGGACAGCAUCGAAAUCUUCACCGUGGAGACACUGGACCUGGGAGAUCUGUGGAAAGUCAGGAUUGGCCAUGACAACACAGGCAAGGCUCCAGGCUGGUUUGUAGACUGGGUAGAGGUGGACGCCCCGUCUCUUGGAAAGUGCAUGACAUUCCCCUGUGGCCGCUGGCUGGCGAAGAAUGAAGACGACGGUGCCAUCGUCAGGGACCUCUUUCACGCGGAGCUUCAGACGAGGCUGUACACGCCAUUUGUCCCUUACGAGAUCAUCCUCUACACGAGUGACGUCUUUGCUGCCGGGACGGACGCCAACAUCUUCAUCGUCAUCUAUGGCUGCGAUGCAGUGUGCACCCAGCAGAAGUACUUGUGCACCAACAAGAGGGAGCAGAAGCUGUUCUUUGAGAGGAAGUCAGCCUCCCGCUUCAUUAUGGAGUUAGAAGAUGUAGGGGAAAUCAUUGAGAAAAUUCGGAUCGGCCAUGACAACACAGGCAUAAAUCCGGGGUGGCACUGCUCCCACGUGGACAUCCGCAGGCUCCUCCCUGAUAAAGAUGGCACAGAGACCUUGACUUUCCCUUGUGACCGAUGGCUUGCCACGUCAGAAGAUGACAAGAAGACCAUUCGAGAACUGGUUCCUUAUGAUAUCUUCACUGAGAAAUACAUGAGAGAUGGGUCCUUGAGGCAAGUCUACAAGGAAGUGGAGGAACCUCUAGACAUUGUGCUGUACUCGGUGCAGAUCUUUACAGGAAAUGUUCCUGGGGCAGGGACGGACGCUAAGGUCUACAUCACCAUCUAUGGAGAUCUGGGGGACACUGGGGAGCGGUACCUUGGCAAGUCAGAAAACCGCACCAACAAGUUCGAGAAAGGAACGGCCGACACCUUCAUCAUCGAGGCCGCUGACCUGGGUGUCAUCUACAAGAUCAAGCUCCGCCACGACAACACCAAGUGGUGUGCAGACUGGUAUGUGGAGAAGGUGGAGAUCUGGAAUGACACCAAUGAGGAUGAGUUCCUGUUCCUGUGCGGGCGCUGGCUGUCCCUGAAGAAGGAAGACGGGAGGCUCGAGAGGCUCUUUUAUGAGAAGGAGUACACUGGGGACCGAAGCAGCAACUGUAGCAGCCCGGCUGACUUCUGGGAGAUCGCCCUGAGCUCCAAGAUGGCCGACAUCGACAUUGCCACAGUGACGGGGCCCAUGGCUGACUACGUGCAGGAGGGCCCAGUGAUUCCGUACUACGUGUCAGUCACCACCGGGAAACACAAGGACGCAGCCACUGACAGCCGGGCCUUUGUCCUCCUCAUCGGGGAGGAUGAUGAACGCAGUAACCGCAUCUGGCUGGACUUCCCCCGGGGGAAGAAGGGCUUCAGCUGUGGCUCCGUGGAGGAGUUCUAUGUUGCUGGCUUGGAUGUGGGCAUCAUCAAGAAAAUAGAGCUGGGCCAUGACGGGGCCUCCCCGGAGAGCUGCUGGCUGGUGGAGGAGCUGUGUUUGGCCGUGCCCACCCAGGGCACCAAGUACACAUUGCGGUGCAACUGCUGGCUUGCCAAGGACCGAGGCGACGGUGUCACCUCCCGUGUCUUCGACCUCCUGGAUGCCAUGGUGGUGAACAUUGGGGUGAAGGUGCUCUAUGAGAUGACAGUGUGGACGGGUGAUGUGAUUGGCGGUGGCACAGACUCCAACAUCUUUAUGACCCUCUAUGGCAUCAAUGGCAGCACAGAGGAAGUGCAGCUGGACAAAAAGAAGGCCAGAUUUGAGCGGGAGCAGAAUGAUACCUUCAUCAUGGAGAUCCUGGACAUCGCUCCAUUCACUAAGAUGCGGAUCCGAAUUGAUGGCCUGGGCAGCCGGCCUGAGUGGUUCCUGGAGAGGAUCCUACUGAAGAACAUGAAUACUGGAGACCUGACCAUGUUCUACUAUGGAGACUGGCUGUCCCAGCGGAAGGGCAAGAAGACCCUGGUGUGUGAAAUGUGCGCUGUCAUCGAUGGGGAGGAGAUGAUGGAGUGGACCUCCUACACUGUCUCAGUUAAGACCAGUGACAUCCUGGGAGCAGGCACCGAUGCCAAUGUGUUCAUCAUCAUCUUUGGGGAGAAUGGGGACAGUGGGACCCUGGCCCUGAAGCAGUCAGCCAAUUGGAACAAGUUUGAACGGAACAACACGGACACGUUCAACUUCUCUGACAUGCUGAGCCUGGGCCACCUCUGCAAGCUGAGGGUCUGGCAUGACAACAAAGGGAUCUUUCCUGGCUGGCACGUGAGCUACAUCGACGUGAAGGACAACUCGCGUGAUGAGACCUUCCGCUUCCAAUGUGACUGCUGGCUCUCCAGGAGUGAGGGUGACAGGCAGACACUCCGCGACUUUGCCUGUGCCAACAACGAGAUCCGUGAUGAGCUGGAGGAGACCACCUACGAGAUCGUCAUAGAAACAGGCAACGGAGGCGAAACGAGGGAGAACGUCUGGCUCAUCCUGGAGGGCAGGAAGAACCGAUCCAAAGAGUUUCUCGUGGAAAAUUCUUCCCGACAGCGGGCCUUUAGGAAGGGGACCACGGACACGUUCGAGUUUGACAGCGUCUACUUGGGGGACAUUGCCUCCCUCUGCGUGGGCCAUCUCGCCAGGGAGGACCGGUUCAUCCCCAAGAGAGAGCUGGUCUGGCACGUCAAGACCAUCACCAUCACCGAGAUGGAGUACGGCAACGUGUACUUCUUCAACUGUGACUGCCUCAUCCCCCUCAAGAGGAAGAGGAAGUACUUCAAGGUGUUCGAGGUCACCAAGACGACCGAAAGCUUUGCCAGCAAGGUCCAGAGCCUGGUGCCGGUCAAGUACGAGGUCAUUGUGACGACGGGCUACGAGCCGGGUGCAGGCACCGACGCCAAUGUCUUCGUGACCAUCUUCGGGGCCAACGGGGACACGGGCAAGCGGGAGCUGAAGCAGAAAAUGCGUAACCUCUUCGAGCGGGGCAGCACCGACCGCUUCUUCCUGGAGACGCUAGAGCUGGGCGAGCUGCGCAAGGUGCGGGUGGAGCACGACAGCAGCGGCUACUACUCGGGCUGGCUGGUGGAGAAGGUGGAAGUCACCAACACCAGCACCGGAGUGGCCACCAUCUUUAACUGCGGCCGGUGGCUGGACAAGAAGCGAGGCGACGGGCUCACCUGGAGAGACCUCUUCCCUUCCGUCUGAGGGGCCGGAGGCUCUCGAUCCCACCGUCUCGCCGGGAUGCUCCUGACCACAGCCCGCUGCCUCCACCUUGGCUUUCAGCAGGCCUUUCUCAGAGCCUCCUGGGACCGGGACUGGGCGCCAGAAGGGUGGCAUGGGUGGCGCGGUGG